AUGAUCAUGGAUCAAACGGGGCAUAGCGGGUCAUCAUUCCCCGGAAUGAAAUUUAGCAACCAAACUCUCCCAGUAUUUGUGGAUCCCAAUCUGAUCAGCAAUUUGAGAGUCAAUGAUAAUACCUUCAUAAACGGGAGUAGUCCUAAUGAUGUCACCCCCCGUUCGAAUCCCGAUGCCCAAGUCCAGUCAUCCGAAGGCAGCCCUCAGGAGGAUCUCGAUCUUAGUGAUAUGGUGCUCAAGUACAUAAACCACAUCCUCAUGGAAGAGGAUGUGGAAGAAAAGGCGUCCAUGUUCGAAGAGUCUGCAGCUCUUCAAGCCGCCGAGAAAUCAUUCUAUGAGGUCAUUGGCAAACAAUAUCCGAUUUCCAAAGACUACAGUAGUAAGCGUGUCCUCGAUCUGAAUCAGACCUUUGUGGACCCCUCCGAAAAUUCAUCAAAUGGCACAAGCACCUUGUGCCCAGACUGGAAUUAUGAUGCCGCUAGUGUUGUCCCUUCGCAAUCUUCGCAUAGUUCGUCGAGCAGCAGUGGCACCAUUACCGACUUCCCCAUUGAUUCUCCCGUGAGCACCCUGAAAAUUCCCGAUAUAUUCGGCGAUAGUCGGUCGGCUAUGCAGUUUAAAAAAGGAGCAGAGGAAGCAAGCAAAUUUCUACCUACCGGCAGCAAACUAGUUCUUAAUUUAAGUCGAAACGAGCAGUUGCCGCUUGAGAAGGCACAAAACCCAUUGUCAGCUAAUCCGGUGCUCGUUCAAGUAUCCAGGGGAAAAAGGAAUCCACCCCACGAAACCCCAGGCUUGGCAGAGGAUGGAAGGAGUAACAAACAAUCAGCCAUCUAUACAGAGUCGAACGUGAGUCCCGCCAUGUUUGACAUGGUUCUCUUGUGCAGCGAAGGAAAAAACGAGCAAGCCAUCCGGGAAGAACUCAUCGAGGUUACCAAAAGCACCCCACCGCAGAACAUCCAGCCACACAAGCCGGACAGUGGCAAGGGCACGACCAAGAAAAAACGAGGCAAAAGGAAUGUGGUUGACAUGCGGACGCUUUUGACCCUAUGCGCACAGGCUGUGGCGGCAGAUGACCGACGAACGGCAUCCGAAUUUCUCAAACAGAUUAGGCAGCAUGCGUGCCCAACCGGGGACGGCAUGCAGAGGCUGGCCCAUUACUUUGCCCAGGGCCUCGAGGCUCGUAUGGCCGGGUCUAGCACCCAGAUAUACAAAUCCCUCUUCAACAUGCCCACAUCGGCUGCCGACUUCCUCAGGGCCUAUCACAUAUACCUCGCCACCUGUCCCUUCCGGAAGAUCUCCAAUUUCUUCUCGAACCGGACCUUCAUGAAUGUGGCCCAGGAUGUCUCGACUCUCCACAUCGUCGACUUUGGCAUCCUGUACGGCUUCCAGUGGCCCUGUUUGAUACAGCGCCUCUCGACCCGGCCCGGCGGCCCCCCGAGGCUCCGAAUCACGGGGAUCGACUUCCCGUGCCCUGGCUUCCGCCCCUCGGAGCGGGUCGAGGAGACGGGCCGGCGCCUGGCCCGCUACGCAGAGACCUUCAAAGUCCCGUUUGAGUUCAACGCCAUCGCCCAGAAGUGGGAGACGGUCAGGCUCGUGGAUCUCGGGAUUAAGAACGAUGAAACCGUCGUGGUCAACUGCCUGUACAGGUUCCGGAACCUUCUAGACGAGACGGUUGUGCUGAACAGCCCGCGUAACAUAGUCUUGAGCCUCAUCAGGCAGAUGAACCCGGCCGUGUUUGUGAUGGGGAUCGUGAACGGGGCCUACAACGCGCCCUUCUUCAUCACGAGGUUCCGGGAGGCGCUUUUCCAUUACUCGUCGUUUUUCGACAUGUUGGACGAGAAUAUCCCUAGGGAGACCCCCGAGCGAGUGCUGCUGGAGAAGUCGAUAUUGGGCCGGGAGGCGAUGAACGUGAUCGCGUGCGAGGGGGCAGAGAGGAUCGAGAGGCCCGAGACGUACAAGCAGUGGCAGGUGAGGAACAUGCGGGCGGGGUUCGAGCAGCUGCCCCUGGACGAGGAGCUGAUGAGUAUAGCGAGGGGGAAGGUAAAAUCGUCAUAUCACAAGGAUUUCAUCGUGGAUGAGGACGGGCGCUGGCUGCUGCAGGGGUGGAAGGGACGCAUUGUGUACGCGCUUUCGACAUGGAGGCCCGUUUAUUGA